GCAGGUGGGGGCUGCUGGUGGAGCUGCGAUGUCCAGGCUGGGAGCAGGCUCGUUCUUCCUGGACCCCUCUGGGAUCUGGUGGCAAGACCCCACGGGGGCCCUAGUGACGGGGGACUCCUGGGAUGUGGUGGAGGCGGCUACCCGGCAGAAGACAGAUGAGGACUCGGACCUGAGCCAGCUGGAGGGAGUCAGCGUGGAGGAGCUGGAGGUGGAGGACCCGGAGCUGGAAGCCAUCAAGGCCAAGGUCCGCGAGAUGGAGGAGGAGGAGGAGAGGCUGAAGGAGCUGCAGGCGGAGGCCCAGAGUCACCUUCUCAUGGCAGCGGAGGCAGGUACAGUGCUGCAGCCUCUGGGUGGUGGGGCAGGGGCCAUUAGGCAGUGGGGGUGCUUCUCUGGGGUGCAUCAGGGUGGGCUGUGUGAGUUGCGGGGUCUCCAGUACCAUCCCCUGAAGCUUGGUCAUUUCAAAGUCUCCCUUGUCCCGGCAGGGUUUUUCUUUCCUAGGACAGCAGAGGAAAAAAUCAAGGCUGAUCAGAGAUCUGUCUAUGUGGGAAAUGUGGAUUACGGUGGAACAGCGGAGGAGCUGGAGUCCCAUUUCAACAGCUGCGGGCAGGUCAACCGCGUUACCAUCCUCUGCGACAAGUUCUCUGGACAUCCGAAAGGGUACGCGUACAUCGAGUUUGAAGACCAAAGCUCAGUGAAGGCGGCUGUGGCACUGGAUGAAAGUGUGUUUCGUGGCCGGGUCAUCAAGGUGCUGCCCAAGAGGACCAACAUGCCAGGCAUCAGCACGACCGACCGUGGCGCCUUCUGGGGCCGUGCCCAGAGCAGGGGGGGCCUGUGUUACGGGGCAAGCUUCUGCAGAGGGCAGCGAGCCUGGCCACGCGGCAGGGUGUACAGGAGCCGGGGACGGUUACUGCCGUGGUAUUCUCCCUACUAGACAAGGACAGGAUUGCGCUGGAGGUGGCAACAGGACUGCAUUUAAAAAAACAAAAGGGGUGGCAGGGUGCUGAAAGGGAACCUAGGUGAGCAGAAAAGUGUGGGGUGUCUUGUCUGUGUGGGGUGCAGCAAAGGGGGUGCUGUAUUCUGUGCCAUGCUGGCACCUUUCCAGGCAUUUUGGGGUUGCCCUGUGGGUCAUUCUUAGGGAGCCCAUUCAUCUCCCUGGGAGGGAACCCCACAUUUCUGAGCAUGGCAUGACUGGAACAGAGAAACUGAGCUCCCCCCAUAGCUGUUUUCAUCCUGUAGAAGCUGCAAGAAAUGGGGUUUGGGCACCUAGAACAGUCAGCCCAUGUGCCAGCUGGACCAGAGCUGUCAGGGGCAUCUUGCUUUCUCUGUCACACUGAGGGGUCCAGACACAAGAGCUAGGUGCCUUGAAUUCUGUUUUCUGGGACCCACUCAUUCAGCUGACCGGUACCCGGGCUCGGUGGGAUAUCUCUUGGGCGCAAGCAGAUCCUGGAAGCAAGGUGGGAUUUCUUCUACCCCCUGAACUGUUGAUGGGAGUGGAAGGGAAAAACCCUUGGUGAAGCAGCUAAGUCAGAUUCCA